AUGAUCAAGAUUGUUCUCUUCCUCUCCGUACUUUUCAUUCCUAAUUUGGAUGCUCUAUUGGGCCCCACAACUUUGGAAUCCGGUUGGGAUGAGCAGUGCACGAAGGAUAUGUUGGAGAUGCACGGUUGUAUGUUCGACAAGACGGUAUGUUUUACGUAAGCCGGGAGUUUAAGCACUUGAGAACUCCAGCACAUGUACGCAGAACGCUACGAUGAAAGGAACGAAGGGAAUAAAGUCCUGUUGGAACCAUUCUUCAAGGCUAUGGCGAACGCCUCUGCCACGUGCUUCAAGUCGUCCAAUUGCACAAUGUACCUCAUGCAUACCUACUAUUUUGACAUUUCCGUAUUCAUUGGACAGAAGACGUACGGAAACGCCUUCGAGUGUCUCAACAAUGUGAGUUCUCCAAUCGACGAAUAAACAGACGGAUGAACUUCAGACGGAUAUGGAAAAAGUGUGGAACAAUUGCACGCGUACUCUGAUCGCCAGAUACCAGCCCGAUUUCAGUUUCCGGGCCUACAAGAAGCAUAUUUCGUACUGUGUUGCCAGGGAACAACUGAAGUGUUCCUUGCAGGAUAAGCGAGACUUUCUGGCUUUGACUCACGCUCAGGUGGAUCGGGACCACCUUUUUGCAGACCUUGAGAAAUAUGGAAAUAAGGCAUUUGUAUUCAAUCCAGAGAAGUACGAAUACCUUCUCGACGACGAAUAA